UUGGACUCUGCCUUUUUUCUCUCCAACUGCUACCUUGACGAAAUCUUCAGUAAAAUCCACAUGAUUUUCUUUUUUGAUAAUUUUGACGGCAUAAAUUGAGGGAAGCAUUGGUGAAAGAUGAGAUUAACUUGGACGUCCUGAUCGAGAGAUGUCCGAAACUGAUGUCUCUUACAGCUGUGGUUCUUGCGGAUAUGUUCUCAACUUAACAUCAUCGAAUCGUAUUUUUUCGACUAUUGGCUCCAAAUAUCGAAAAUUCAUCAACAAGGAUAGUAUCUCUUUCAUUUCUAUCGAUCCCAGUAGAUUUACUCAGGUAGAUGAACCAAAGUGUCUUCCCAUAUUUUUGGGACGUAACCGAUCAAAAUCCAAACUUCUUUGUCGCAAUUGUGGAGUUCUAAUUGGUUAUGGUUACGGAGAUUCAACUAUUCUCAAUGGUUUUGAUUCGACAACUUCGUCUCGCCCAUCCUAUAAAAAAAUUGUCGUAAAAGUUCAAGCUUUGCAACCCUGCGAAGAUUGAUAGUAAAAAUAACCAUGGUGAACAUAAGUUCGUCUACCUCUAUUCUACACUUCCCGAAUGACUGAUCACGAGGCAUUUGGAUUAACAUGUCGUCGUUGGCUUCAUAUUCAAAAUUUAAGUCGUCGAUCACUGCAUUUUGAAUGCUCUUUCACUAAUCCAAGUGUGUUUUCCUUAUCCCGACCUUCAUUCGCCGUAAAUGCUCUCUAUUUGAAGAAAUUGCUUCUUCGUUUUUCUAAGUUACAGUCGUUGAAUAUAUCGGGGUACAUCAAAGUUCCGGAUUCGGGCUUAUCUGUGUUUCUUAACUGCGGAUUGAAUUUACAGAGCCUGUAUUUGGAUUGUUGUGGGAUUUCUGAUACGGGGAUUUCUUACCUUGCUCGUGGAUGUUUUUUAAGGAUUAUUAGUCUUUACAUGUGUGAUAUCACUGAUAUGGGAUUGAAAACUCUCUCCACGAAUUGCCUAUCGCUACGAGAUGUGAAUCUUUCACGUUGUUGUCGAAUAACCGAUGAUGGAAUUAAUUAUCUUUCUAGAAAUUGCCGGCAACUUCAAGCUGUCAAUAUAUCUCGAUGUAUAACCAUCGAUGGCACUGGCUUUCGAGGUUGCUCGGAUACUUUUGUUUAUUUAAAUGCUAGCAAAUGUAGACUUGAACAAGAAGGCGUGCGAUCUGUCGUUAGCGGAGGUGGUUUGGAGUACUUGAAUUUGUUGACGUGGUCGAUUCAUGGGCAUGGGAUAGCCUUGCUCGAAAGUGUUCUUGUUUUUAGAUUGAAAGUGGUCAAUUUUUGGAAUUGUAGAACGAUUGGUGACGAUGAUUAGAAUGGAAUGUAUCUUUGUGUCAUGAAAUAAGACUGCAUGUGAACGGA